AUGGGGCGGGGGGCGCGGCCCGGACCCGCCCCGCGGGGGCCUUACAGCGACCUGCGGGACGGGCGGCUCCUGCUGCGGCUGCUCGAGGGGCUCUCGGGGGGGACCCUGCCGCGCCCCACGCGGGGCCGGAUGCGGAUCCACUGCCUGGAGAACGUGGAGAAGGCGCUGCGCUUCCUGCGGGAGCAGCGCGUGCACCUGGAGAACGUGGGCUCGCACGACAUCGUGGACGGCAACCCCCGGCUGACCCUCGGCCUGGUCUGGACCAUCAUCCUGCGCUUCCAGAUCCAGGACAUCAGCGUGGAGACCGGGGACACGCGGGAGCGGAAAUCGGCCAAGGACGCGCUGCUGGCCUGGUGCCAGAUGAAAACCGUGCUGGAGGCGGCGCGCGAGGCCGAGGGCCUGGCCGGCCGCUACGAGGCGCAGGCGGCCGAGCUGCUGGGCUGGAUCCAGCGCUCGCUGCUGCUCCUCACCGACCGGCGCCUGCCCCGCGGCAUCCCCGGCCUGCAGGGGCAGCUCCAGGCCUUCAGCGCCUACCGCACCACCGAGAAACCCCCCCGGUUCGAGGACAAGGGCUCCCUGGAGGUGCUGCUGUUCUCGCUCCGGAGCCGCCUCCGCGCCAACAACCAGCGGCAGUUCGUGCCCAGGGAGGGGACCCACAGCGCUGACAUCAACAGGGCCUGGGAGCGGCUGGAGAAGGCGGGGCACGGCCGGGAGCUGGCGCUGCGCUCGGAGCUGCUCCGGCAGCAGCACCUGGAGCAGCUGGCAGCGAGGUUCCACCGCAAGGCCGCCCUCAGGGAGACCUGGCUGGGGGACAACCAGCGCCUGGUGGCACAGGACAAUUUCGGGGGGUCCCUGGGGGGGGUCGAGGCCGCGCUGCGCAAGCACGAGGCCAUCGAGAGCGACAUCGCCGCCUACGGCAGCCGCGUGCGCGCCGUCACCGCCGUGGCCGCCGAGCUGGAGGCCGAGCGCUAUCACGACAUGGGCGGCAUCGCGACACGGCGCGACCACGUGGUGUCGCUUUGGGAGGCGCUGCGGGCGCAGGUGGCGGCGCGGCGAGAGCGGCUCCGGGCGCACCUGGAGCUGCAGCGGCUCCUGCGCGACCUGGAGCACCUGAUGGGCUGGAUGGAGGAGAUGGAGGUGCGGCUGCAGUCGCGGGAUUUCGGGCAGCACCUGAGCCAGGUGGACGAUCUGCUGCAGAUCCACGCCCUGGUCGAGGGGGACGUGGCGGCCCAGGCCGAGAGGGUUCGGAGUGUGGGGGCGGCGGCCGAGCGCUUCCUCGGGGAGGGGGGCGGGUACCGCCCGUGCCCCCCGGAGCAGCUGCGGGCCCGCGUGGCCGCUCUGGAGCUGCGCUACCGGGGGCUCUCGGCGCUGUCGGCGCAGCGGCGGCUGCGGCUGGAGCGCUCCCGGCGCCUCUGGAAGUUCCUGUGGGACGCGGGCGAGGAGGAGGCCUGGAUGCGGGAGCAGGAGCGGCUCCUGCGCUGCCCGGAGCUGGGCCGGGACCUGCCGGGAGCCCUGCGGAUGCUGAGCCAGCUCGAGGCCAUCCGAGGGGCGCUGGGGGGACGAGCGGGGCCGCUGCAGCAGCUGCUGGAGCGGGGCCGGGAGCUGCUGGCGCAGGGAGCCCCCGACGGAGCCGCGGGAUCCGUGGAAGCCGCCCCUGGAUCGGUGGAAGCCGCCCCUGGGUCAGCGGGAUCCGCUGCCGGAUCAACGGGACCCCCCACGGGACCCCCGGAAUCCAAGAACGCGUCCCCGGGACCCCUGGAAUCCCCCCCUGCAUCCACGGCGGGACUCUCGGCAUCCUCCGCCAGACCCUCGGAACCCCGACGGCUCCACGGAACCCACUGGGAGACCCACAGACCCCUCCGAGGGACCCCCGGGCCCCGCUCCCGGCUCCCCGGACCCCGCGGCCGCCGUGUCCCGCCGGAUCCGGGAGCUGGAGUCGCUCUGGGCGGCGCUGCCGGCGCUGGCCGCCGAGUGGCGGGGCCGGAGCUCGGGCACGACGAGCGCUCGGCGGGGAUGCUGGAGCGGCGGCUGCGGGAGCUGCAGGACGAGCUGCGGCGGCGCGGGGCAGCGCUGGCGGCGCUGCGGGAGCAGGCUCUGCCCGGCGAUGCCGCCGACGUUCCCGACGUGCUGCCGGGGCUGGCGGAGCGGCUGGCGGAGCUGGAGCGGCGGCACCGGGAGCUGGAGGAGCGGGCGGAGCUGCGGCGCCUGGAGCUGCGGGACGCGCUGGGAUUGUUCGCGGCGCGCAGCGAGGCCGAUGCCUGCGCGCUCUGGGUGGGCGAGAGGGAGCAGUGGCUGCUCUCCAUGGAGGUUCCCGAGCGCAUCGAGGACCUGGAGGUGGUGCAGCAGCGGUUCGAGACGCUGGAGCCGGAGCUGGCGGCGCUGGCGGCGCGCGUGGCCGCCGUGGGCCGCGUCACGGAGGAGCUGCGGGGAUCCGGGGACAGGAACCGGGAGAGCGCCCGGGAGACCUGGGAGCAGCUCCGGGACAGGUGGGAGCGGUUCCGGGCGCUGGCCGAGCGCAAGAAGGUGGCGCUGACCGCGGCGCUGAACAUCCACAAUUUCCGCCUGGAAUGCCACGAGACGCGGGGCUGGAUGCGGGAGAAGACGGCGGCCAUCGAGGCCACGCGGGGGCUGGGCCGGGACCUGGCGGGGAUCACGGCGCUGCAGGCGAAGCUGUCGGGGAUGGGGCGCGACCUGGACGCCAUCCAGGGGAAGCUGCGGGAGCUGCGGGCCGAGGGCGAGAAGCUGCAGGGGGAGCAGCCGGAGCGAGCGCCCGAGAUCCGCGAGGAGCUGGCGGGGCUCGAGGCCGAGUGGGACGCGCUGCGCCGGUGCCACCGGAGCCGCGAGGAGUCCCUGGGGCAGGCGCGGCGGCUGCAGGGCUUCCUGCGGGACCUGGCGGCGCUCCAGGCCUGGCUGUCCCGCACCCGCGCGGCCGCGGGCUCCGAGGAUGUCCCCGCGUCCCUGGCCGAGGCCGAGGGCUCCCUGCGGCAGCACGAGAGCCUCCGCACCGAGAUCUCGCACUACGGCGCCGAUUACCGGAGCGCCCGCGCCGCCGGGCGGGAGGUGACGCGGGGACAGACGGACCCGCAGAGCCUGUCCCUGCUGCAGCGCCUGGAAGCGCUGGAUGCCGACUGGGAGGAGCUGGGCCGGGUGUGGGAGAAGCGGCAGCGGCUCCUGGCCCAGGCUGUCGCCUUCCACGUGUUCCUGCGGGACGCCAAGCAGGUGGAGGGGACGCUGGGGAAGCAGGAGCACACGCUGGCCCACACGGAGCUGCCGGGCACGGUGCCGGGCGCGGAGGCGGCCGUGCGGAGGCUGGAGGAGUUCCUGGCCGCGCUGGACACCGGCGCCGAGCGCGUCCGGGCGCUCACGGACACUGGGCGGAAGCUGCUGGACGAGGGCGGCGUCCACGUGGAAAAGGUGCGGGAGACGGUGGAGUCGGUGGAGAGCAGGCACCAGAAGAUCCGGGAAUCGGCCCAGGAGCUGCUGGGGCGGCUGCGGGAUAACUGGGAGCUGCAGAAGUUCCUGCAGGAUGGGCAGGAGCUGACGCUGUGGCUGAACGAGAAGCUGCCGGUGGCUCGGGACGUGUCCUACGAGGGCACGCGGGACCUGCAGGGCAAGUGGCAGAAGCACCAGGCCUUCGCCGCCGAGCUCGCGGCCAACCGGGGCUGGCUGGAGGCGCUGGAGAAGGACGGCGAGCAGCUGGCGCGGGCGCGGCCGGCGCUGGCCGGACAAGUGACCGUGCCCCGGCAGGAGCUGCGGGCGCUGUGGGCGCAGGUGGAGGCGGCGGCUUUUGGGGUGAAGGACGGCGAGCAGCUGGCGCGGGCGCGGCCGGCGCUGGCCGGACAAGUGACCGUGCCCCGGCAGGAGCUGCGGGCGCUGUGGGCGCAGCUGCUGGAGACGCAGGCGGCGCUGCGGGAGCAGGAGCUGCUGGAGACGCAGGCGGCGCUGCGGGAGCAGGAGGUGGGGGCGCUGCGGGCGCAGGCCGGGGGGCUCAGCCCGGGGCACCCCCGGAGCGCGGGGGUGCAGGAGCAGGUGCGGGAGCUGGAGCAGCAGUUCCGGGAGCUGCGGGAGCCGCUGCGGGAGCGCGGGCGGAGCCUCGCGGCCGCCAGGGAGCUGCACCAGUUCCGCAGGGACCUGGAGGACGAGCUCCUGUGGGUGCAGGAGCGCCAGGCCCUGGCCGCGUCCACGGACCACGGCAAGGACCUGCCCUCGGUGCAGCUGCUGCUCCAGAAGAACGAGCUGUGGGUGCAGGAGCGCCAGGCCCUGGCCGCGUCCACGGACCACGGCAAGGACCUGCCCUCGGUGCAGCUGCUGCUCCAGAAGAACGAGGACGAGCCGGGCGCCCAGGCCAUGCUGAGCCGGCAGCUGGGGCUGGAGCAGGAGCUGCGCGACUACGGCGGCACCGUGGAGCUGCUGGCCCAGCAGGGCCGGGCCAUGGCGGCCAGCGGCCACCCCGACGGCGAGCGGCUCCGUGCCCGCGCCGCGCAGGUGCAGCGUCUCUACGCGGGGCUGUGUCACCUGGCCGGGGACCGCAGGGCCACCCUGCAGGGCCACCACCGGCUGUGCCAGCUGCGCCGCGACCUCGAUGACCUGGAGCAGUGGAUCUCGGAGCGAGAGGUGGUGGCGGCGUCCCGGGAGCUGGGACAGGACUUCGAGCACGUCACGGUGAGGGGACACGGGGGGACACGCGGCGGCCACCCCGAGCGCGCGGCCGUGGCGCAGUGGCAGGCGGGGCUCAACGAGGCCUGGGCCGAGCUGCUGGAGCUGGUGGCCACACGGGCGCAGGAGCUGGCGGCCGCGCACGACCUGCAGCGCUUCCGGCGCGACGCGCGGCAGGUGCUGGAGCAGCUCCGCGCCAAGGCCCGGCAGGUGCCCGAGGAGCUGGGCCGCGACCUCAGGGCGGCCGAGGGGCUGGAGAGGCAGCACCGCGCCUUCGAGCACGACGUGCAGGCCCUGAGCGCGCAGGUGACAGCUGUCCAGGAGGCCGCGGGCCGCCUGGCCGCGGCGUACGCGGGCCCACGGGCGGAGGAGCUGCGGGCGCAGGAGGGCGCGGUGGCCGCGGCCUGGGCCGAGCUCCGCGGGCGCUGCCAGCGCCGGCGCCGCCUGCUCGGGGACAGCGUGGAGCAAUUCCGGUUCCUCCGCGCCGCCCGCGACCUCCGGCUCUGGAUGGACGGCGUCACCCUGCAGCUGCAGGCCCGCGAGCGGCCCAGGGAUGUCACCGCGGCCGAGCUGCUGAUCCAGCAGCACCAGGGGCUGCGGGCGGAGCUGGAGGCGCGCGAGGGCUCCUUCGGGGCCUGCGUGGCCGCGGCCACCGCGCUGCUGCAGCGCGGCCACCACGAGGCCGACAAGCUGUCCCAGGAGCUGGCCGAGCUCCAGGAGCGCCGCAGGGACAUCGGGGAGCGCUGGCAGGACAAGCUGGAGUGGCUGCAGACUGUGCUGGAGGUGCUGGUGUUCGGGCGCGACGCGGCGGCGGCCGAGGCCUGGCUGGCCAGCAGGGAGCCCCUGGCCCGCGCCCCCGAGCUGGGCUCCAGCCUGGCCGAGGCCGAGACCCUCCUCAAACGGCACCAGAGCUUCCAGAAGGCCGCGGCCGCCUGGGAGGAGAGAUUCGCUGCCCUGAGCCGCCUGACCACGGUGGGGACACGGCCCCCGGAGCCCCCAGCCCUCAACGGG